AAGAGUAGCCAUUAGCGAGUCGCUACUGUGGCAUUGAUGUUUGAGCGCACUUCUGAACCGGCUUUUGUUGCAAAGAUCGGUGUAGGAAGCAUGCGCUGUCCCAAAUCCGCUGUUACCAUGAGAAAUGAAGAGCUUCUUUUAAGUAACGGCACAGCUAACAAGAUGAAUGGAGCUUUGGAUCACUCAGACCAACCAGACCCAGAUGCCAUUAAGAUGUUUGUCGGACAGAUCCCCCGUUCCUGGUCGGAAAAAGAGCUGAAAGAACUUUUUGAGCCUUACGGAGCAGUCUACCAGAUCAACGUUCUCCGAGAUAGGAGUCAGAAUCCUCCCCAAAGCAAAGGUUGUUGUUUCGUAACAUUUUAUACAAGAAAAGCUGCACUUGAGGCACAGAACGCCCUCCACAAUAUUAAAACUUUACCUGGGAUGCAUCAUCCCAUUCAGAUGAAACCGGCAGACAGCGAAAAGUCCAACGCUGUGGAAGACAGAAAAUUGUUCAUAGGAAUGGUUUCGAAGAAGUGUAAUGAGAACGAUAUCAGGGUGAUGUUUUCUCCAUUUGGGCAGAUAGAAGAAUGCCGUAUCCUUCGGGGACCAGACGGGCUGAGCAGAGUGCACAGCCUCAAUAUGGAGACUAGCCGAGGCUGUGCGUUUGUCACGUUUUCGACAAGGGCAAUGGCACAGAAUGCAAUCAAAGCCAUGCACCAGUCUCAGACUAUGGAGGGCUGUUCUUCACCAAUAGUCGUGAAAUUUGCUGAUACCCAAAAGGACAAGGAGCAGAGACGUUUACAACAGCAGUUGGCACAACAGAUGCAACAACUCAACACUGCCACCUGGGGGAAUCUCACAGGUCUUGGAGGACUGACACCGCAGUACCUGGCUAGAUUAGACAUUAAUAUGGAUUUACAGCAUCGACUCUGGGGACCUUCAUUCCAACACCAGGCAGAAGCAAGAGACUGUAUAAAUCUUCUGCAGCAGGCAACCUCCUCCAGUAACUUGGGUGCCUUCAGCGGCAUUCAACAAAUGGCUGGAAUGAAUGCUUUGCAGUUACAGAAUUUGGCCACUUUAGCCGCCGCCGCUGCCGCCGCCCAAACCUCAGCUACCACCACCAAUGCAAACCCUCUCUCCACAACCACCGGUGCCCUCGGCGCCCUCACGAGUCCAGUGGCUGCAUCGACGGCAAAUUCCACAGCUGGGGCGGCCAUGAAUUCUUUGACUUCUCUGGGCACUCUCCAAGGACUGGCUGGAGCCACUGUUGGACUGAAUAAUAUUAAUGCACUAGCAGGUACCGUAAACAUUGCUCAAAUGCUCUCAGGUAUGGCCGCCCUGAACGGAGGACUCGGUGCGACAGGCUUGACGAAUGGCACAGCUGGCACAAUGGAUGCCCUCACCCAAGCCUACUCAGGAAUUCAGCAGUACGCUGCCGCGGCACUGCCCACAUUGUACAGUCAGAGUUUGUUACAACAACAAAGUGCUGCAGGCAGCCAGAAAGAAGGUCCAGAAGGAGCAAAUCUCUUCAUUUACCACCUCCCGCAGGAGUUUGGAGACCAGGACAUUCUGCAGAUGUUCAUGCCUUUUGGAAAUGUUAUUUCUGCUAAAGUCUUCAUUGACAAACAGACCAAUCUGAGCAAGUGCUUUGGUUUUGUUAGCUACGACAAUCCCGUCUCUGCACAAGCUGCUAUUCAGGCCAUGAACGGCUUUCAGAUCGGCAUGAAGCGCUUGAAAGUUCAGCUGAAACGCUCCAAAAACGACAGCAAACCUUACUGAUCUUAACCCCAGAAGCUUACUGCUAUUAAUUUAGAUUUCUUAGGACUUGAAAGUAUUAUUCAGAGAUUGGCAUUCUGGCUGGUCCCUGGUGACAGUAGCAAUAUGAAUCCAGAGGCUCCGAAUGUUGGUUUCUAACAGACUACUUCCAAAACAAGUUUGAAGAAGAAGAACAGUCUGAUUUUAAGUCUCUAGAGGUCUGUAAUAGUUUUUACAUUUUUCAGGCAGUGUAAAGUUUUUGAUAAGGCCAUUUUAGAUGGCUCACUUUCUCAUUAAGAAUAUAUAUAUAAAACCACUUUUUGUAGAUUAGUAUAACAAAAAAAAUUUACCCUGUUUGAGGGCAAAUGCUACCUAUUUGUGUCACCUUUUGCUGAACUGACUCACAAGUUAGACAAUCCAUGAAUUAAUGCACAUGAAAAAUUACCUAUAUUUUAUACUGUUUCAAUGUACAGGAGAAAAGUUACUGUAUGAUGUCGUUCCAUUGGUGCUUCAGUGAAUUAAGUUGUGGUUUCAUCAUGGGUCUCAUCCUGGUCUCUAAGUGUUCUGUGUUUAUAAACGAGAAGUUUAAAAUUGGUUUUUACUUGAACAUCAACGGCAGAAAACACAAAAAAAAACAAAUUUCAAAAAACACAAAAAAAGUUGUUUGCUUAAAAUAAAUAAUAAAAAAAAGUUUUAAUGUGAGAAAUAAAAACUAUUCCAGACUAAGUUUGUGUUGGCUUCUGUGACGCAUUGGUGUCAACUUUUUUUUUCCUUUUUCCUUUCUUUUUUUUGGGGGGGAAAUUAUUAUCGUGGACAAUUUAGAUGUGUUUGUGUUCAGCAAAAUGUGAUCAUUUUUUUCUUUUAAAGAAAGAAUAAAAAAAAAGAAAUCAGUGAAAACAGUGCCAAAUUCCAAAGGUACUUUUUUUUCUUCCUAGAGCUUCAAGUGUGUUUCUUGUGCGAAGUAAUUUGAUAACAUGGGUAUUUUACUAUGUGUUUUGUAUAAAUCCCUAAUAUUUAAAGGAAAAAAAGAGGUUAAAAAGUUUGUUAACUUGCUAUCCUGUGGUCUUGUUGCCUGAAAUUGUUGUUGUUUGUUAAUUCUCUUGGAUGUUUUUUGUACAACAUUGUGUUAAGUGCCCAUGUUUCACUUUUUCUAACCACUCUGCACAUCUACGCUGUGAAAGCAAAACCUCACAAUGUAAUUUCUUCAUAAUGUAUGGAAACCUCUAAGGUGAGAAAGUUUUGAACUUUUAACCCUUUCCACCAAGAGCUGUCUUGAGUGUUAAUACUUUUAUACAUUCACCAUUUUGCUGUUUAUUUUUAUAUAUACAUAUAUAUAUAUCUAUAGCUAUAAAUAUAUAUAUACUUAAUUUUUGUGGUUUAUUUAAUACAUGGUUGAAGUCAGAAAAUGCACAAGGCAGACCUGAAGGACAAAAAAAAAAUAUUUUACUGCUGUCCAAAUUUCUUCUGUAACUAUAACUGAA